AUGUCUGGAAUCUGUAGACCACGUCUUGCCGAGGAGCGCAAGCAAUGGAGAAAGGACCAUCCCUUCGGAUUCUAUGCGAAGCCGGUGAAAACUGCAGAUGGCUCCAUGAACCUCAUGGAGUGGGAAGUGGGUAUUCCUGGAAAGGCUGGUACGCCUUGGGAAGGUGGUCUUUUCAAGCUUACCAUGACCUUCCCCGAAGAUUAUCCGUCUAAACCACCGAAGUGUAAAUUCACACCCCCUCUCUUUCAUCCAAAUGUCUACCCGUCAGGAACCGUCUGUCUUUCCAUCCUUGACGAAGAAAAGUCAUGGAAACCAGCAAUCACCAUAAAACAAAUUCUCCUGGGCAUUCAAGAUCUUUUGGAUGAUCCGAAUGUAAACGAUCCGGCGCAAAGCGACGCCUACACCAUGUUCAAAAACGACAAGGUUGCCUACGAGCGAAGAAUCCGGCAGCAAGCCCGGGAGAAUAUACCGAAAUAA